UCUUUUUCAGGGGCUGCCAGUAUGACAUACUCAUGACAGGAAACAGAUAUCAGCUUGCAUAGGACACACAUUUUGUGUUUGUGUGUUUGGAAAGGAGAUCAUCUAUCUACAAACUUGUGCCAACUGGAAGAUGCCAUGAACCCAUUUCUGAUAAUGCUGCUGUUUCUUGAACUGAAUCAGGACCUCAGGAAUCCAGUAUUGGCAGGGUUUCUCUCUAAACCUACACUGAGAGCAGUGCCAGGAAAUGUGGUAACCACGGGGAACCAGGUGGCAUUCUUCUGUGAAGGGCCCUCAGAGGCCAAAGAAUAUCAUCUCUACAAACUAGGAAGUCAAGACUACCUGAUACCAACAGCCCUUCUAGAAACUGAGAAUAAGGCCAUUUUUUCUAUCUCUUUGGUUCAAUGGCACAAUUCAGGCCAAUAUUGGUGUUCUUAUGCAAGCACCAGUGGCACAUCAGAAAACAGUGACAUCCUGGAGCUGGUGGUGACAGGAGUUUACACCAGCAGACUCACUCUGUCAGCCAUUCCCAGCCCUGUGGUGACUGCAGGAGAACAUGUGACCCUUCAGUGUGUGUCAAAAGAGCCAUAUAACAUGUCCAUUCUAAUGAAGGAUGGCGAGAAGUUCUCGAGUCCUGAGCCCUUACAGAAAAUAUACUCUGACCAAUUUGGAGCCCUGUUCUCAGUGGGUCCUGUGACCCCCAACCAGAGGUGGAGGUUCACAUGCUAUGGUUAUUCCUUGAGCAGCCCUCAGCUGUGGUCGGUGUCCAGUAACCAACUGGAGCUCCUGGUAUCAGGGACCCUUCACAAGCCCACCAUAUGGGCUGAGCCAGGCUCUGUGAUCACCUCAGGGAGUUAUGUUACCAUCUGGUGUGAGGCAACCCUACCAACCCUAAUCUAUUUGAUAUAUAAAGAUGGAAACCCAGAACCUUGGGACCAACAGAACCAAAUAGUCUACAACAAUAAGGCAAAACUCACCAUUUCAUCUAUGACAGAAUUGAAUACAGGGAGAUAUCACUGCUACUCUUACACCAUUACUGGAUGGACAGAACGCAGUGACACCUUAGAGUUGGUGGUGACAGGAGUCUACAACAAACCCAAACUGUUGAUAUUGCAAGACCCUGUUGUGACUGUAGGAAUGACUGUGACCCUCUCUUGUACCUCAAAUCAUUCAUACAACUGGUUCCUUUUAACUAAGAAUGAUCAGAAGUCCUCAAUCCAUCGAACUUCACAAGAUAAACACACAAGGUUGUUCCUUGCCAAGUUCCAAGUGAGACCAAUGGCCUUCAGCCAAAGGUGGAGGUUCAGAUGCUAUGGCUAUUACACAAGUAAUCCUCAAGUGUGGUCAGAAGGGAGUGACCUUUUGGAACUUCUGAUCUCAGGAAAACUUAAGAAACCCACUUUGAGGGCUGAGCCAGGAUCUGUGAUUGCCUCAGGAAAUAACGUGACCAUCUUGUGUGAGGGGACCAAGGGUAAUCAACCAAUGUAUUUCCUCUAUAAAGAAGGAAGCCCAGCACCCUGGGAAAGUCAAACUCCAAAAGAUCCUGGUAACAAGGCUAUGUUCUCAAUAGCAUCCAUGGAAAAGCAUCAUGCAGGAAAAUAUCGCUGUUACUCUUACAAUUCAGUGGGGUGGUCAGAACGCAGUGACAUGCUGGAGCUGGUGGUGACAGGUGUCUAUUCUAGCAAAGUGACCCUGUCAGCUGUGUCGAGCCCUGUGGUGACCUCAGGAGGGCAUGUGACUCUUCAGUGUGUCUCACAACAGGCAUAUACCAGCUUCAUUCUAGUGAAGGAUAAUGAGAAGUUCUCCAGGCUUGUGUCCUCACGUGAUACAUACCCUAAGCGAUUAGAAGCUUAUUUCACAGUGGGUCCUGUGACUCACAAUGAGAGGUGGAGAUUUACAUGCUAUGGCUAUUACUGGAGUAGCUCUCAGCUGUGGUCAGCUCCUAGUAAUGAACUAGAGCUCCUGGUCUCAGGAACUCUUCACAAACCCACUAUCUGGGCUCAUCCAGGCUCUCUGAUCACCUCAGAAAGUCCUGUUACCAUCUGGUGUGAGGGCACCCUAGAAAGCCUUAUGUAUGUGAUAUAUAAAGAAGGAAGCCCAGAACCCAGUUACACACAAACCCAAACAGACCACAACAAUAAGGCACAAUUCUCCAUCCCAUCUGUGACAAGACUGAAUGCAGGGCGAUACAACUGUUACUCAUACAAUUAUGCUGGCUGGACAGAGCGCAGUGAUACCCUGGAGCUGGUGGUGACAGGUGUUCACCAUGGUAAACCUACUCUGUCAGCUUUGCCCAGCCCUGUGGUGACCUCAGGUGGGAAAGUGACCCUUAAAUGUGUCUCAUCUAAAGGAUAUGAUUGGUUCACUUUGACUGGGGCAGAUCAAAAUUUCUCCAGUCCCCAAAAGGCACAGUUUAUACACACUGGACAGUCCCUAGCUCUGUUUCCUGAGAUCACCGUGGCAUCCAGCAAGAGUGGGCCCUUCAGAUGUUAUGGAUACUAUACAAAUUCCCCGCAUGUGUGGUCAGAGGCCAGUGACCCUUUGGAGAUACAUGUCUCAGGACUGUCAAAGAAGCCCUCCCUGCUGACCCAUAAAGGCCCUAUCCUGGCCCCUGGAGAGAACCUGAUCCUCAAGUGUUCCUCUGAGAUAAGUUAUGAUAGAUUUGCUCUGUUUAAGAAGGGGGAAAGUGGCCUCACCCUGGUCUCUGUCCAUCAGUCUCAGGAUGGACAUUUUCAUGCCAAUUUCACCUUAGGCUCUGUGAAUUCCUCCAUUGGUGGUCAGUAUAGAUGCCUUGGUGCACACAGUUCCUCCUCUGAGUGGUCAGCCCCCAGUGACCCUCUGGACAUCCUUGUCACAGGGUACCCUGCUGUUACACCAAAUCUCUCUGUGCAUCCAGGCACUAAUGUUUCCUUAGGAGAGAAUGUGACCCUGCUGUGUCAAUCAUCAGCCCCCGUGGAUACUUUCCUUCUGUUCAAGGAAGGUGCAGCCCAUCCCUAUUUGCAUCAAAAAUUACAGUUUCAGGAUUUACAAAAUCAGGCAGAAUUCUCCAUAAGUUCUGUGACCUCGGCUCUUGGGGGUUCCUAUGUAUGCUUUGGUUCCCAAAGCUCAUCCCCUUACCUGUUGUCAUACCCCAGUGUCCCUGUGGAGAUCAUCGUCUCAGGACCGGCAAGAUACCAAAAGGCUGUGAUUGGCGUCUCUGUGGCCUUCUUUCUACUGCUCUUCUUCCUCACCAUCUUCCUUCUCCUCAGACUCAGGCAUCAGAACAAAGACAGGAAGGGAGUCCAGACAGAGACUCAUUUGCAACAUCCUACAGAUUCAGUGACCAGGGACAAAAGCCACCAGAAGAGCUCCAAACCAGCUCCUGCCAUCCAGGAAGAAGUCUUGUAUGCUACUGUGAAAGUCACACAGCAUGCAGACAGCAUGGAGCUGGAUGUUCUGAGAAUACAUGAAAAAGACUCCUCCAAAGACUUGUAUGCCCAAGUGAAACCCUGCAGACUCAGAAGGGCAGAGGCCACCUCUUCUUCCCUCAUGCCAAAGGAAUUACCGGACUCAAAUAACACACAGGGAAAAGGAGGCAAAGUGCUAGUUGAGCAGGCUGAUACAACAGAUGAUUCAAAUGAUGUGACCUAUGCCCAGCUGUGCAUCCUGACACCAAGACAGGGGCAGGUGAACCUUUCAGCUUUCAGGCAGAAAAGUCCCUCCUGAGAACCUACCCUGGUAUCUAUCAGUCUGGGAAGAUCUAGACUCUGAAUUCCAUGGAAGAAGGGUGGAUUCAGAAAUUUCACAUAACAAAAUCUGUCUCAAGUGCACAACCAUUGUGCAGACAUAACCAGUCUCUAGGAAAUUCUGAGAACUUUGGGGACUCUGAUUCUGUUGAUUCUUUUAUAAAUAAGGGAAGUGCUUUGUCAGUGACCAACAGAUAAAGUGAGAAAAGAAAAGAGGAAUAAAGAAAGUUUUUUGUUU